UUUAUUUUGCUUUUUAAAUUGUAAUUUUUAAUUAAAUUUGAAAAUAAUCAAAAAUGAUUUAUGAAAAAUUUUUAUUUACUGUGACAUUUUAUUGUAUUUUAUUUUUACAAUGUAAAAUGAUUUACGGUCAAGGUAUAAUACAACAGGCACUAUAUUUAGGUGAUACAUCAAAUUUUAAUUCGACUAGAGAGGAUUGCGUUUGGAAACGUGGAAAUGAUUUAUACGAUAAAUGUCCUGAUCCUGAUAUUAAUUUAUAUUUGUAUACAUCAAUGAAUAAGAGUAAAGAAUUACUAGAUGUCUAUCAAGGUGAUUGGUUAAGAAAUAGUAAAUGGGAUCCACAAAAGGAAAAUAUUAUUUUAAUACAUGGUUAUGCAGGAAAUGAUGAAGCCUUACCAUUAAUUGUUUUACGUGAUGCAUAUUUAAAACAUGGAAGUUAUAAUGUUUUUAUGGCUAAUUGGGGUGCAUUAGCAAAACCACCAUGUUAUGUUUCAGCUGUACAUAAUUUAAAAACUGUAGCUAGAUGUUUAGCUGAAAGUUAUACAUUCCUUAGAAAUUCUGGUUUAAGAGUUGAUAAAACAACAUGUGUUGGUCAUUCAUUAGGUGCACAUAUUUGUGGGCUUGAUCCAGCACGACCAUUAAUUAAGCCCGGUAAUAGUAAUCGUUUAGAUAGUGGUGAUGCUAAAGCAGUUCAUGUUAUACAUACAAAUGCUGGUUAUUAUGGUGAAACUGGACGUGUUGGACAUGUUGAUUUUUGUGUAAAUGGUGGUAAAAGACAACCAUAUUGUAGUAAUACAAGUAAUGCAAAUUUAUGUAGUCAUAUAUGGGCAAUUUGUUAUUUAGCACAAAGUAUACAUACUGAUUAUGAACCACAUGCAGAACCAUGUAGUAGAAGAUGUCCAUCUGGUCUUAGAAGAUUUACUAAAAGAAGUUUAGCAAGAUAUAUUGUUAGAAAUGCAAUUCCAAUGGGUCAACAUACACCAAUGAAUGCUGUUGGAUCAUAUUGUCUUAAAGAUGAUAUUCCACCAUAUUGUUCAACAUCAUCAGAUGUUAUUGGUGAUAAAAGAUGUUUAAGACAUAAUGUCAUUGUUUCAUUUAUUCUUUGUAAUGAGUUAGUAAAAGUUGAAAUGUUUACAACAGUUGUUGCUAGUUUAAUAACAUUUUAUUUUAUAUGCCUUCAAAAUACAUUUGGUGGUGUUAAUAUAACUGUAGGAUCCUGUGUUAUACAAUAUUCAGAAGUUUGUAAUAGUAAUUUUGUACGUUUUUAUAUAUCGUCAAGUGAUCAUCGUGAUAAAGGAUUUUUUCUAUUUGAAAAUUUUCGUACUAAAAUACCCGAAUGGAUAAAUUUUAAGAAUGAAAAUAAAAUUAUAAUACAUGGAUAUGGUGGUGGUAUUGAAUACAAUCAAACCAAAGAAAUUCAAGAAGAAUAUUUAAAAAUUAAUUCAACAAAUGUAAUUGCUGUAGAUUGGGGACGUUUAGUUAUAUUACCGUGUUAUCCAAGUGCUGCUGUAAAUACAAAACAAGCUGGAGAAUGUAUAGCAACAUUUUUACAAAAUUUACAAAAAAUUAAUUCAGAAUUUGAACCUAAUAAUGUUCAUAUAAUUGGUUUUAGUUUAGGGGCACAUGUUGCUGGUUUUGCAAGUAAUGCCUUAGAAAAAUCAAUUGGAAAAAAAAUUAAUAGAAUAACUGCACUUGAUCCAGCAUUACCAUUAUUUGCAACAUCAAGAGCAAGUAGAAAAUUAGAUUCAUCAGAUGCUGAAUUUGUUGAUGUGAUUCAUACAAAUUUGGGAAUAUUUGGUAAAAUUGAACCAAGUGGACAUGUAGAUUUUUAUAUUAAUGGUGGACAAUUUCAACCAAUGUGUCAAAAAUCUAAUAAUAUUCCUCUUUGUAGUCAUAUGAUGGCUAUAAUUUAUUUUAAAGAAUCAAUAGCUGCUAUUGAAAAUGAAGAUGAUGGUUUCUGGGGAUUUAGAUGCUCAAGUUAUUUUCAAUUUUUAUUUGGUUGGUGUAAUAGUAAUUCUACAAUUAAAAAUAGUGAUCAAAUUUUAAUGGGGGAACAUUGUUCAAGAACUGAACAUGGAAUUGUUUUUGUUUACACAAACAUACUGCCACCUUAUGCUAUGGGGAAAUUGACAUAGAAAAAUUAAACAUACAUACUUGCAAUAUUUUUGUGAAAGAAUUAAAUUUAUGAUAUUUUUUUUAAAUGAU